AAGAAGUCUGUCUGACCAUCGGCAAUCUGAACCUAAAGAAUCGCCAGUCAUCAAUCACAUUCAUUUGAACUUGAAGAGGACGUUUUUCACUCUUUAGAUAUCUCAGUUUGCAAAUUCUGAAAUCUAUUCUCUUUAGCUAUCACGUCCACGUAACUUUAUGCCAUCUCGUAUUCAAUGGCUUCUCGAAUCCACCUAAUGGCUGUUGCCAUCCUCGGAAUCUCCACGUCGAUCAUGGCAAACCCCCUCGCCCGAAGAGAUCCAACCUGCCCCGCAUCUUGCAUCGUAACAACAACAGUAACCGUAGUCUCCACUCUCACACCUACGACACCUGCGACCGCUCCUUUUACAGUCAUCACCGAAACCCCAAUCACGUCUGUCGUGGUCGUUGGGCCUUCCACGGGCCAAGGAAGUGCUUCAAACCCUGCACCACCGCCUCCCGCCUCUACUCCGCUACAGACUCUAAGACACUGCAGUCACAACAAUUGUCUUCGUCAAUUCAUUCGCCACCCUCAAGUUACAGCAUUCUGUGCCACCUACACCACCGCAAUCAACACGGCGACGACAGAUCUACCCGAUUUUGUAUCACAAUGUCAUGCAGAGCCCACUCGAAUCUCAUCAGCUUGUUCUUGUAUUGUCGGCGAAGUCAGUCCAGUUGGCCCAACCCUCCCAACUGGUAGUAGCGGAGGGGAAACCCAGACUGGAGGUGGAACCUUCACAGUUACCGGCUCCGGCCCCGCUCCGUCAACGACUUCAGACAAUGGCAUGUGCGCCGCAAGCAUCAUCUACGAGACUUUCACGCAAACCACCACGUACCUGGUCACCCUUACUGGAUCAUCGAUGCCUUCUAGUAACGCCACUGCGAUGGAGUCGAUCACCUCAAGUUCUCUCCUCACCUUGGAUGUAACCGGUGUUGCUACGGCUCCGUCCAGCUCAAUCGCUCCCUAGGAAAUUGUUUGGGCGUUUGGGAAGAAUUUUGGGCUUGGAGUCGCUAGGAUGGCAUGGACCGAUCCUGAUCGAUCAUAGAAUGCGUUUUGGGGUUGAGAACGAUGCGUGAAAAAAUAGA